AUGUUGCUUAUUAUAUUGAUUUAUAAUGUUCUAAAAUUUGAAAAUAGUUAAAAAUUAAGGAUAACUUAGUCAGCAAUAAAUAUUAUCUUUACAUUUUAUGUUCUUUAAUAUGAUGUUUUUACUGACUUAAUUGCUUAGAGUUAUAAUGGUGGGAAUUAAGUGACAGCAAAUAUAUUAAAUAGUAUAAUGGGAGAAUUUCCUGAAGCUGCUAUUGGAACAAUCAUAACUUUGGGAAUGAGACUUUAUUUUUUCUUAAGUUCUGGAGAUUUAGAGAAUAUAAAUGUUAUGAUUAUAACUGCUGCACUUCAUUUAGUAUGGAUUUAUUACUUAUAUAAUUUUAAUAAAGCCAAACGAUCUUAGUUUAUUUUGACUUUAGUUGAUAAUAAAUGGGAAAAAAUAUUUCAAUAAAUAUUAAAUAAUAAUAAGAAAUUUGUAUUAUUACAUUAUGAUGAUGAAGAGUUUAAAAUAAAAAAAGUCAUAUAAACUAUUCUACCUUAAAACACUUCAUUUGAUACUUUUUAUGAAUAUAUUCGCUAAGCUAAAUGCAAUAAUCAACCAAUUCAGAAUUUCUUUUUUUAAUAAAUUAAUUAACAUAAAAAAAAUUAAGAAGAUGUUAUUAAUUAAUAAAUUCUUGUCAAGUAUGAAAAGAAAUUAAUUUAAUUUAAUUUUUCACUAUUUUUUGGAGAUAAACCAAUCAUUCUUUUAGUCAAUGAAGAUUAAAGUAAAUCUAAUAAUGAUAUUCUAUCUCAAUCAACUAUUAUUCUUAAAAUACUUAAAAAUUUAAUUAACAUUAUAGAUUUUGAUAAGUAAUAUAACAAAAGAAAAUUCUUUUAGUUAUCAUAAUUUAUCCACAUCAAAUAUUUGAUAGGAAAAUUAAUUCACAAAAGAAAUAAAUACAAUAAAUUAAUCUGA